UGCAUUUGCCAGAACCUGACCCCCCAGACCCCAGAAUGCUCCUCCUGCUGACAGCACUCCAGAUCAUGGCUCUAGCCAUGGCACAGAGCCAAGAGGAUGAGACCAAGAUACUUGGUGGUUAUACAUGCAUCCAGAACUCCCAGCCAUGGCAGGCGGCCUUACUGGCGGGUCCCUUUCAUAGUUUCCUCUGCGGAGGGGUCCUGCUGUCAGGCCAGUGGGUCAUCACCGCUGCUCAUUGCGCCCGCCCGAUCCUUCACGUAGCCCUGGGCAAGCACCAUCUGAAGAAUUGGGAGGCCACCCAGCAGGUGCUUCGUGUGGUUCGCCAGGUGCGACACCCCCAGUACAACUCCCGGACCCACAACAACGACCUGAUGCUGCUGCGGCUGGAGCGGCCCGCGCGGCUGGGGAGGGCUGUGAGGCCCAUUGCCGUGGCCAGUUCCUGCGCCAGCCCAGGCACCCCCUGCCUCGUGUCAGGCUGGGGCACCACAUCCAGCCCCAUUGCCAGGUAUCCCAACUCCCUGCAAUGUGUGAACAUCAACAUCUUCUCGGAUCAGGAGUGUCGGCGGGCUUAUCCCGGAGACAUCACUGCCGGCAUGGUCUGUGCAGGCGUCCCCCAAGGGGGGAAGGACUCCUGUCAGGGUGACUCCGGGGGACCCCUGGUGUGCAAAGGACAGCUCCAGGGCCUCGUUUCCUGGGGGAUGGAGCGUUGUGCCCUGCCAGGCUACCCUGGGGUCUACACCAACCUGUGCAAGUACCAGACCUGGAUCCAGAGAACCAUACGGAGCAAAUGAUUGCUGGUGUGACUUAACAUCAGCUGCCCAUCUGUCCCCAGAUUCUGCUCUCUCCACUCAAGUCCCAGGGGUCCCACCCCCUGCCCAGCUCCUUCCUCCUUCAGACCCAGGAGAGUGUGCCCCAGCUUCUUGACUGGGAUUUCUGGCCCAGGACUCUCCUUUCCCAGAGAAGUUCCCUCACAAUACCAUUAUUCAGGACCCCUUAGGUACGGGACAAGAACAUGAAAACACAAAACUAGCACCAUACCCCAAAGAAGAGAUUUUUCAAAG